AUGCAGAACUAUAUCAAUCUGGGGAUACGGAAGACCCCUGAUCGGGUAGUCCGCGUGCACAUCAAGGAUCGCUAUGGUGCGCGGGGCUUGUACCUUGAGUUAUUUACCUCGGAUAUCCUCUGCUUUUACGGUUUCGAUGAGAACUUUGUUCAAUCACCGUCAACCGAUGUUUCAUCUCACAAUGCUAAGUCCGCUGAGAACCGGUGGGGAGUUGCCAUGGUGCUUCAACCUUCUCGCGAUUCCAUGCUUACAGAAACAGAGCUCGGCUACGCCUGUCAGUUCGAGCGCACAGUCAAGAAACGUGGUCCGAAGCCCAAGUCUCAGCGUACUAGCGAUAAAGUCAAGCAUGACCUCGACACAGGUUUAAAGCAACCCACAUACCCAUCGCCAAAAUCACCGAGCUCGGAUGAUAUUCCUUGGCUACUCGAGGGGCCAUCGCUAUGCACAGGCGCGGAAGGGAGUGCACAAAUGAUCGAUUCAGACGUCCAAUCAGCCACUUCAGAAGUAUGCUCCAGCAUAGACGUACCCGGUCCACUUGCAGCGAAUAUGGCAUCGUUCAUGGCGAUGGAAGCUACCAUCCCCAUCUGCGGUCAUUUCCCGCUUGAUUUGUCGCCGUUCCCUAUAUCCACUGAGGAGAUCAGCAGUAUGCCAAGCUGCCAAUAUCCUUGCCUCACUCGUAUUGUUCCCCUUCUGCGAGGAACGAUGACGGCAGACGACGCAUGUAACCUGCUCGAUAUAUUCUUUGCAGACCCUGAGACGGCAGGUCCUGCGUCUCGGUGCCCCUACGUCCUUUCACCGGUGAUCAGAAAACAGUCGCUUUUGCGGAAGAAGAAUCCGCGACCAGUGUCAGCUGCUCUCCUGAUGGUAAUUCUCUGGUGUGUCUCACAUACAGCCAACCUGGGAAUCUUUCCAAACGGCACUGUCCGCGCCAGAGUCACGCAGCGUCUGUAUUACCUGUCAAUGAAGCUGCUGCGAGCGAGGGAUUCCGACAAUUGGCAUCGUGCAGAUGGUGGCUGGGUCUCGGAGUGCGACAUGCCUCUCUACGGGACGAGCGUAGAAACCAUCCCCUCGCGCUCGCCUCAAGAGAAACCGGACCAAAAUGUUGACGAUGUGCUGAGUUAUAUUCUUCUGACGUGCGUGGUAUCCGGAACGGAGUACAGAGAGGAAUGUCUCAAGUGGUGGAACAAGGCUGUACGCCUGGUCAAGCGGCUAGGAUAUGACUCGGAAGCCCGCAUAGCAGAGAACACGCCCUCGUCGCAACAAAUGUCCUUAGCUGCGCGCGAAGAUCACGAAGAACGCCGGAGGGCGUUUUGGCAUGUCUACGCUCUCGAUCGACAUCUUGCAUUCUCUUUCAACGAACCACUGCACAUACUCGACUUCGAAAGCCAGGUUCUGUGUCCGCUGCCAGAAUGCAUUUGGCAGCGUCUCGACCAGGUCCCUUUGGGGGAUAUUCCACCGCGCACCGUUGGACCUCCUGCGCAGGUGACUGGUACCGGGUUCUUCGAAUACUUUCUUCCCCUUAUGACGAUCCUCGGCGACAUUAUUGAGAUUCGUUUGCGGAACCAACACCCCCGGCUGGGAGGGGUGGACGAGAGUUCUCUCAUGGGACUCACCCAAACGCUGCUCGACGAUUGCCAAUAUAGUCUAGACAUCCUAGAGGCCAUGAGUAAGCCCUUCAAUCCUAUCAUGGGGGAGGAUAACCUUCCGCUUAUUCUGCCAACUUCGCCCAAUUGCUUCGGAGAUACAGCGGACCGGGCAAACGGGGCUGAAUCCGAACAGCAGACUGGCAAUAUCGUGGUGGCUUAUAGUCGAUAUAUGCUGCAAGUGCUGCAACUGCUUCUCCACGGAGAUUUGGACGCAUUCAAUAUGCCUCAUGGCCACGUGAACUGCGCACCGGUAACGAAUCUUUUUACAUGUAUGCCCAAGGCGCUUACAACGUGCGAUAGUAUUGAGAAGAUUCUGGAGGUCGACAGCCAACUGUCGUUCAUGCCCUACAUCUUCGGACCUUACCUAUUUCACGGUGGUCUCAACUUCCUGUCGAUUGCCGAUCAAAUGGCGCGCGCUGGUGCAGACGAUCUGGCCAAGCAUGGCUGCGAUCUUGUUGUCCGCGCUCACGAAGUAGCGCUGAAAGCGCUGGAUACAUCUUUCCAGGUAACUAUCCGUCCAUUUGCAGAGAAGAAGUGA